AUGGACUUAAAAUUGGAUAGGGAAGCCCUCCAAAAAGAGAAGAAGACGUUCUACUUGGACUACAUUGACAAGAAAGAAGAACUGAUAAGGGAUGAAGAGAAGCUCACCGAGAAUCUCAAGAGGGUCGCUAAGGAAGCAAUGGACUUGAAAUUGGAUAGGGAAGCCCUCGAGAAAGAGAAGAGGCUCUUCUAUAUCCAAGUCGAUGAAAUGAGAGGAGAACUAAGAGAAGAAAAAGAGGAACUCAUCACAGCGCAAGAGACACUCAGGAAGGACAUUGCUGCCUUCAACCAGGAGAAAGAAGAAUUCUAUCGGAUGCAAGACCUAAAUGAAAGGAAAGACGAACUGAAAAAGGAUUCGAGACUUAAGGAAAAGUCUCAGGAUACAUGCAGCAGAUCAGUUGGCAUUGGAACAAAGAGACAGGGGCCAAACAGCAUGCAGCUUAUGAUCGAGGAAUUAGAAAAAUUCAUGGAAGGUUUUAAUAAAGAAGUUAAUGGAAGCAGGAAGUGUAGAGCAGAAAAACUUGCAGACAGUCUUAUGCUAAACAUGACGGGCAACAUUUAUAGAAUCUGCAGGAGAAUACAAUCGCUGAAAGCAAAGGAAAAGUGA